ACAAAGGCAGUUUCGUUAUCGUCUGUUCAGCUUGGUUUUGGGCACCGGAGCAGCGGGAUCUCUUUUUAAAGCAUUUGUAGUAACUUUUACAAAGGGUCACUCGAAACGACAUGUUGACACGGUUAAGUUAUUACGCUGGGCUCUUCCCUGUAACUACUUUUAUUUGUGUAAUUGCAACGGUACUCGCAGAUACGUGCAAACUUGAUGGUGGCUACCACUACGAUGUUUUGAAGUCAGCCAUCUGGAGGAUAUCGCCUCCCGAUGACCAAUGCUUAGGAGAAAAGCCGUGCAACUGGUAUUUUCAAUUCUGCAACACCCUCCCAAGUAACUUGUGUGGCGUGGGCAAAUCGUGCGAGGAGCCCAGCAAGGCGCAGUUUGGUGAAUUCACAACGCUCGUCGCUGAAGGUCCCCAUGGAUUCCUUGCCAAUUUUACAAAUCAUACCGGUGGAAAUUCAACAUGUUCGAGUUUCAGUACAAAUCUCUUGUUUCGAUGCGACCCUAAAAAGACCAUUUCUAUUGGUAACGACACCGAAGUUGCCAGGCUACACCAAUCAGGGAUCGUGACAAAUAACCAGUCAUGUGUGAGAAACAUUACAAUUGAAUUCUCUGGUGCUUGCGGGACCGCGCCCCAGCUGCAGGGGCUCAGCGCGGGUUCGGUACUACUCAUUCUGUUCUUCGUUUUGCUACUGAUCUACCUGGUCAUCGGAAUCGUGUACAAUCACAGCCACGGGGCUCGAGGCUGGGAGAUGAUACCAAACUACCAAUUCUGGACGGAGCUUCCAUUACUCAUAGUGGAGGGCUGCGUCUUUUUUGUGAAAAUCGUAACCUGCCAACAAACUCGUUCUGCGAACGGAACGUACGAUAACAUCUAAGCUGUGGUAAACUGAGCUCUUCGUGAUUCGUCGGGAUCGCAGAAAUCAGAAGGGGUACCAUGGUUGAGCUUGGAGAUUAACUGUUGCUACAUGUUUUGAAUGUCUUUUGCGAAUUUUGCAGUGAUGGACUGCGGUUUUUGUAUGCACUGUAUAGAUAUUCAUAUUUUAUAGAGCCUGGUAUGAAUAGUACUCUCACUUGAGAGAUUAUUUAUAGAGAAGCAUUUUUACAGUUCUUGUACAAAACUGAUCAUGGUUGGAAGCAUGAAUGAAGACGUGCCUUGAAUCGUCAUUUUUAUUAAACUGCUGUGAAAAAGUGCCUUAACAUUACUGUCGAACAGGUUUCUUGAAUAUGUACAUCACUUACGCUGAUUACAUUAUCAGUGAGAGAGUGGAUUUUGUCGUGUACAAUGGAAUGUGCUAAGAGUGUGCAAUAAAAUGUUUUGAUUAUUGUUG